UUCAGGAUUCAGGAUUCAUCUCUACUACACUUGAUGUGAUAUCUAGAUUUUAGAUAACUCCAAGAACUAUGCCUAGUGAGAGGAGUCGUCAAUCAUAUGUGCAGAAUAGUCCAGUUCAGUCGUCAUUUCGGAAUCGAAGUCGGCAAGGAAACUUGUAUCCAAAACUAGAACACAACUAUGAUGACAGUAACGAUAGUAAUGUGUCUUAUGAGUCAGAUCACUCAGAAUAUGAUGAUUCUGAAAGGAGUGCUAAUGACUCAACAUUGAUACUAUUGGAUCGGAUUCGGAAUCUGUUUUCUUGGGCAGAUCCGUAUAUUAUUCCUGCUUUUAUUAUUAUUGUCGUCGUUGUUGUUUUUGUUUAUCACAAUUACUCAUGUGCAAAUUCCAACAAUGGAAGCGCUUUACUAAAGAGAUAUAAGCAGCAGGUAAAUAGUAUUUUGAGGAAAAAUUUCACUGUCGAAUAUGAACGUGGUACCAAUACGAAGGCAGUAUUACGGCUUAUUGGUGAAAAAUGGGUCUACCAGAAAGCAAUCGAACCAUAUAUCAUAUUGAUUACGGGUACGAAAGCCGAUAUGUUAGCAGAUGCUCUUGGUGAUGUUUUUUCGAAUGUCACCGGUAAGGGAGAAAUUGACAGGAUAUUUUGUAAUGAAUACAAAGAACGACAGUUGCUGGAAAGUGAAGUUACAAAAUCAUUAUCGAAAUGCAGUAAAUCAGUGAUUUUACAUGGAAUCGACAGAUUACGAGGACGUGCUCCAUUAUAUUUGCACAGUUUAUCUGAUUCGGAUCAUUCACCGUUUCCUUCUGCUCUCAUCCUACUGACUAUUAACUUAUUCUUCGGUUCACAUCCCAGCUGUGAGGAUGCAAUAUCUAAUUACUUAUUAAAUGUAUGGAACUCGGAUUAUGUCGGUGAGGAGCAAAUUCGACCAAUUCUUUCUCGGAUAUCCUCUUUCCUGAUAUGCUUGGAGGAUUGAAAAAUACCAAU